GCAAACAAAAAAUAAUGAGGAAAUAUUUGUAUUAUUAAUUUUUUUAGUUUAUUAUUAUUAUUAUUAUUAUUAUUAUUAUUAUUAUUAUUAUUAAAUAAUUUAAAAUUCAUUUUCAGUCAAACAGCAGUGCAGUACUUAUUUAUGCAGGUCAAUAUGAAAGUUCGAUAUUACAAAUAAGAUGUUUACAGAUUUCAUACUGUUUUUACUUUUGUGAGAUUCAUGAACAAUAACAGUAAUUAACAGUAAUGAUGGGAAAAUGUAUUUAACAGACAAUCAUACGAAGAUCUUCAACGGUAUAAACAGUAUGAACAUUUGUUUUUGUUAUUUAAUAUAUUUCCAGAUAGAUAUCCACUUUUUUACACACAUAAUGUCAUUUACUUGGUACCUAGAAAUAUGAAUUAAAAAAAGUAUGUAUUCAAGCAUGAAAUAUAUGGUUUUGGUUUUUUUUUUUUUUAAAAAAAAAACCCUAUACUGAUAGUGAAAAUUUUUUGCAUGUUAUAUAUGAAUAAGAAAGCAACCUUUAAGCUAACUUGUGUGGGAUGUAAAAAACAAACAAACAAACAAACAAACAAAAAAAGCUCGAAUAUAAUUCAUUUAUAAUCGAUAAAUAAUCAAUCCUACAAUUAUUUUGUUAUUAAAAAAAUAAAAAAUAAAUAAAAACAAAUAAAAAAUUAAAGUCUUACCGGGGUUCCAGCAUGACGUUAUGCAUAGAUAGAGGGCGGGGCCUCUUGAAGACUGCGCAUGCGCAGCAGCUGUGACUCUACCAGGCAGUCCGGUGCAGCAUCGCAGGAGCACCGUUAGUACAGACAGCACUCUGAGCACAGGAGGCUGUAAUCAGUGGAAACACACACACACACACACACACACACACGCGCGCGCACACACACACACUCUCUCUCUCGCUCUCUCUCUGUCUCUCUCUCUCUCUCUCUCACACACACACACACAACAAAAAAACAACAACAAUAUAUAUAAAACCAUGUCUGUGGCCAACGACUUCGGGAACCCUUUAAGGAAAUUCAAGCUGGUCUUUCUUGGAGAGCAAAGCGUUGGAAAGACGUCUCUGAUCACACGGUUCAUGUAUGACAGCUUCGACAACACAUAUCAGGCAACGAUUGGAAUAGACUUCCUGUCAAAAACCAUGUACCUGGAGGACAGAACGGUGCGGUUGCAGUUGUGGGACACAGCAGGACAGGAGCGCUUCAGGAGCCUCAUUCCCAGCUACAUACGAGACUCCACUGUGGCUGUGGUGGUGUAUGAUAUCACAAAUGUGAAUUCAUUCCAGCAAACCUCCAAAUGGAUCGAUGAUGUCAGAACGGAGCGAGGAAGUGAUGUCAUCAUCAUGCUUGUGGGCAAUAAAACAGACCUGGCUGAUAAGAGGCAGAUCACGAUCGAGGAGGGUGAGCAGCGGGCAAAGGAGCUCAGCGUGAUGUUUAUCGAGACCAGUGCUAAGACAGGAUACAACGUCAAGCAGAGAUGGUGCAGGGUGACGAUGCAGACACACAGAUUCCUGACACCAAUUGCUCUGAUAUCUCUCACUGCAGAUUGAGCCACUCAGUGCUGUCAGCAAAAGCAUUAUUAGCCUUCUGUAUGCCUUAUGCAUCAUUCACACUAACCAAUCCAUCAGUGCAUGGCUUGUCUUUGUUUCUGGCUGACUGUAAUAAAUAAGUAAAUAAAUACCCAGUUUUUAGUUUGCGAGCCCUGCAGCCUCAGUUUCAUUAGUGUGAUAAGACUGCAAUCGAUAGAUACAUUUGCUUAUUUAUCUUGCUUAUCCUUAACACCAGCAGAGUCAGAUAAACGGAUUACUGUGCAGAGGUAAUUGAAAAAUGUUGGCCAUAAUAUCAAUUCAAGCAGAACAGUAUGAUGUGCUCUUCAGCAAAUCUAAUUUUGAGGCUUUGUGUAAACACUACUGAGAUGUAAAAUAAUUGUAUUUAGAAUUUAUUUUACAAUUUUAAUUUGUCUCUAGUCUCAAGUAGAUGCUCCAUGAACCUUUCUGGCAAGCUUUCUUCAAAAAGUAGACAUUUUAUUCAUCUUCAGAGAUCUUGUGGCACAAUAUUAGAUAGGUUACGGCCGAUCGGAGGAUAUAUCAAAAGGGCACGUUAUCCUGCCGAAAGAGGCCACUGCCUUUAGGGAGAACCGCUGCCAUGAACGGCAGACCAGAGCCACCUUCUUCCAUUGCUCCAUGUGGUCCAGUUCUGAUGCUCACAUGCCCGUUGCAGAUGCUUUCCGUGGUGGACACGGGUCAGCAUGGGCACUCUGACCAGUCUGUGACUACACAGUCCCAUACGCAGCAAGCUGCAAUGCACUGUGUGUUCUGACACUUUUAUGUCAUAGCCAGCAUUAACUUUUUCAACAAUUUGUACUACAGUAGCGCUUCUGUGGGAUCAGAGCAGACGGACUAGCCUUUGCUCCCUGCACACAUGCCCACAUGUCCUUUCACAUGCCCAAUGUAAUGAUCGGUGCAUUUCAUUAAAGGCUUUUAGGUUCUGUCUAUCAGGUUUGUGUGUGUGUGUGUGUGUGUGUGUGUGAAAGAGAGAGCGUGAGAGAGAGAGAGUGUUUUCUAAUUGCAUUGGCUCAUGUUUGAGCCUUUGUUCCAGCCAUUUAAAAGUGCUUUAUGGCUCUUUUUGUUUUUUCCCCUUCAAAAGCAACUGCCUGGAGGAAGCUAACCAAACAUUGCCUUUUCACUGCCACUUGCUGCCUAAUGGUCCACUGUCCUCCUGGCCAGUGUGAUGUGAUUGUUGACAGGGAAUGUGGGUGCAUACACUACACUAAGUGCUGUGUGUAAGAAAGAUUGAUUAUUCUGUGUAUAUCCCGUGUCCCAGGAUUCAGUAGAGUGUCUGUUAAUCUAAAUAUGUAUGUGGUAGAGGGAUUUCUAUCCUACUGGUUCUUACCUCGUAAUUUUUUUAUUUUUUUUUAUCAUUUAAACUAAACUACUAAUAUUGGAGUAAAUCAGAAUAAGUCAAUGUGGACAUGGCGGUAAGUUAUAGCACUGCUCCAGACAUCGUGUCUCGUCGCCUUUUCUCUCCAGCUCUCCGAGAGCUACACAGUCUCAAAAAGCUCUCAAAAGUGCUGUUUCCUGUCUGCUUCUCGUCUGACGCAUGGACGCUUGGAAGGUGUUUUGCAACCGAACCAGAUACAGUCUGCGACAAUGGUCUGCGUGGGAAUUUGCUUCUGUUUAUAACUUUGUGAAAGUACACCUGCAUGUUUUCCCCAAAGGAAAACCAGACUCCCUUCAGUGCUGGAUAUUACAUUUAAAUACAAUUUAGAUCUGGAUUUAUUUGUUUAAUGAUUGUUUACACGGGCAUCUCAACAGAGACCUUUAAUUACCGCAGAAACAAUGAGCUAAGUAGUCAGGCGACAUUAAAAAUACAUUAAAUAGAAAGGAGAAAGGUAAUAAAAAAAACAACAUGAUCCGUGUAAGAGUAGUCGCUCUGGGUUAAGAGAGUGUGUGGCGUGUUUCUAACACAUAAUGAACAGGUUAUACUUACAGUGAAACCUUUGAAUUCGAUGUCUCGAUGUUGUGUGCGUGUGACAGGAGAUGACUGCAGACCCACCGAUCAUAAAUGCAAAAUGUAGGCCUUUAAUAACAGUGUGUCAUAGUGUGUGUGUGUUUCUCUUUUUCUCCUC